AUUAUAAGCCACCUGUGUACAACGGAGAAGCAGAGGGAGACGACCAGCGCUCGGCUAACAUGAAGUCGCUGCGGCUUUCGCUCCUCAUUUUUGGGGUGUUGUCGUUGUUUUGCUCCACGUCUGGUGACACCAGCGGCAUAAAGAGGAUGAAGAUGCAGUUUGCGACGGGACCCCUUCUCAAGUUUCAAUUCUGCAUUUCCUGAGGGUACAAGCGGGUGUUUGAGGAGUACACGCAGGCCUUGUACCAGCGGUACCCAGACAUCCGCAUUGAAGGGGAGAAUUUUCUUCCCAUACCCAUGUAUCGUCAUGUUGCCUCCUUCCUGUCUAUGUUCAAACUGCUUGUAAUUGGGGUGAUCAUCAUCGGCAAGGACCCGUUUGGCCUCUUGGGUAUGCAAGCCCCGGGUUUCUGGGAAUGGGGUCAGGGAAAUAAGAUAUAUGCCUGCAUGAUGGUGUUCUUCUUCAGCAAUAUGAUUGAAAACCAGUUGUUGUCAACAGGAGCUUUUGAAAUCACGUUAAAUGACGUACCAGUGUGGUCAAAACUGGAGUCGGGUCACCUUCCCUCCAUGCAGCAGCUGGUUCAAAUCCUGGACAACGAGAUGAAGAUGAACGUUCACAUGAACGGCAGACCACACCAUCACUCUUAACCCACUUUGUCCAUUCCUGGCUGGAGCUGAUAGACCCUCAUUGUUUGAGGCGGGUUUCUCUCUGAGCUGUGAGGUGAUGUUAAUGAAGGUCUGCGCUGAAGGCAGGAAGACUGCUGGCACAGACUGGAUGCCCUCAUCACUCUUCACCGUGCUCUGGAGAUGUCCCGCCCCUGAGUGGGGACAGAGCCGGCCAUUCUGCUGUUUUCUUUUCCUCUUUAAACUACUGCAGAUUUCACCUGGGAGAUUAGUGGUCCAGUGAGAACAGAUUUAGCAUUGAUCGUUGUAGUCUUUAACCUGUUGCAUAUAAUUGAUCAGUGAGAGUAUAAACUUGUGUUAUUUGUACCAUUGAGCCACGUGUGGAAUUGAGAUUUUAUGUCCUAAAAAGUCAAUAACCAUACUGGGGAAAACAAAAAAAAAACACUUCAGAUUUGCCAUCAUCAUUUGUCAUUGGGGAAAAUGUGUGUUUGGGAUGAUUUCUGACUAAUUUUUAUAUUUGCAUAAGUUGGAAGAAGUAAGAAGAAUAAAUCAUGACUAUUUAACUGUGA